CCACCGCUUCCAUGCGGCCGCACCGUAACAGGCAGUGCCGAAGUGGCCCAUCCCCCCGCGUAUCCUCAAGCACCGACGAAGUCCGACCCGAGCCCUCAAGAUCAAGAUGUCGAACAAGGCCAAGGCUAGCACCAAGUUCCGAAUGACCCUCGCCCUCCCCGUGGGUGCCGUGGUCAACUGCGCCGACAACUCAGGUGCCAAGAAUCUCUACAUUAUCUCCGUUGUUGGAUUUGGUGCUCGGUUGAACAGACUUCCUGCCGCCUCAUGUGGUGACAUGGUUAUGGCAACUGUCAAGAAGGGUAAACCCGAGUUGAGGAAGAAAGUUCAUGUUGCAAUCAUUGUCCGUCAGCGGAAGCCUUGGCGCAGACGCGAUGGUAUCUUCCUUUACUUUGAAGAUAACGCAGGGGUAAUCGUUAACCCCAAAGGUGAAAUGAAAGGUUCUGCUAUCGCUGGUCCAGUCGCCAAGGAAUGUGCGGAUCUUUGGCCCCGUAUUGCCUCAAACGCUGGAACAGUUGUUUGAUUUUCACUUGUCCGUUCGAAAACUGAAAUUUGACCUACCUACUCAAAAUCAGUGUUUCACUUGUAUUCCCUGCAAAAAACGACGCUGUUCAUGCCACGUAAUCCAAGGCAGAUUCUUCACCCCACGCUUCCUUUCUACUCGAGCUCACAAAUACCCUCCCGGCUCACUUUACAAACAUUUCCCUGGGAGUCGCUAGUAUAACAUAGCCCUUCCAACUCCGGUGCCGGAGCCCGCAUCCGAAGGACCCUCAAAAGGAGUGGCUCACGUGCAACACCUCGCCUGCUUGCGAAAGCAGAAAAGAUUUUGAGACUAAGAAAAUGAAAAUUGUUUUAAAGACGUAUUUUUUUGCUCAAUAGACAAAAAUGCACCCCUGAUCCUUGCGCAAAUUUUGACACCCUUGACAACUUUGCAACCCAAAAACCGG